AGCACAGAUUUCAAAAUUUUCGAAAUAAACUAACAGAAGCAGAUGCGAGGAGACGAACAAACAUUCGGCCUAAGAAAAUCCGUCUUGAGAGGGCGAUGGCAGCUGUUCCUUGACCACCCACCCCAUUUCCAACAUUUCCUACUUCUCUCUCUCUCACAGCCAAACCCCAUAUAACAAUUCUUGAAAUCCAAACCCUCCACUCAUAAAACUCUGUAAUUAAUGCAUGUUCGUGCAUGCAACAAUUAAUCAGCAACGGUGAAAAGGCGCGACUUUUGGGAUCUUUGAUGUCAUUUCCUAUGUCUAUGUGGGCUUCUGUGACAGAACGAAGCAGUGGAGGAAAGAGAGGAGCUUUCACUAUUGGAAAUUAAGAGCAAAAUCUGAAUUGGGGUUUUGGGUUUUCUUUGUCAUGGACCUGGGAAAACCCGAAACUAGGAGGCUUUAUCAAGUUUGGAGAGGGAGUAAUAGGUUCUUCUUUGGAGGAAGAUUGAUAUUUGGCCCAGAUGUGGCUUCUUUGUAUUUAUCCACAUUCUUGAUUGCAAGUCCAGCUGUUGCAUUUUGUAUAAAGAUAUUUCUCAUCUCUAGGCAUCGGCUCAAAGAAAAUCAAAAUGUCGUUCCUUGCUAUGCUGUGCUUGUCGUGGCUAUAGUGCUAACCAUUUUGGAUAUAUUCUUUCUCUUCCUUGCGUCUAGUAGAGAUCCCGGAAUUGUUCCUAGGAACAAGAAACCCCCCGAGUGUGAUGAGACAAUCGAAAUGAACACACCUUCAAUGGAGUGGGUCAACGGUAGAACUCCUCAUCUGAGACUUCCCCGAACAAAGGAUGUCACUGUAAAUGGACACACAGUCAAGGUGAAAUUCUGCGACACCUGUCUGCUCUACCGCCCUCCCCGUGCAUCACACUGCUCCAUCUGCAACAACUGUGUCCAGAGAUUCGAUCAUCAUUGUCCAUGGGUUGGACAAUGCAUUGGUGUACGUAAUUAUAGAUUCUUCUACAUGUUCAUAUCAACAUCAACGCUCUUGUGCGCAUACAUUUUUGUUGUCUCAUGGUGCAAUAUUGUCACCAGGAAAGGCACCGUGUGGAAAGCAAUGACAUCUGAUUAUCUGUCAGAUAUUCUCAUCCUCUACUGCUUCGUUACCUUUUGGUUCGUAGGCGGCCUUACAGUUUUCCACUUCUACUUAAUCAGCACCAACCAGACAACGUAUGAGAACUUCAGGUAUCGAUAUGAUAAGAAGGAGAAUCCUUACAACAGAGGGAUGAUUAGCAACUUCAAAGAAGUGUUCUUCUCUACAAUCCCACCUUCUAUGAAUGAUUUCCGUGCAAUUGUCAAGGAAGACGAUGCUGUGAUCAUGGAAACAACGGGCCAGAAUUUCAUGGGAGAUGUCACUAGCAAGAAGGAGAAAAUAGACAUCGAGAUGGGGUCAAGUUUUGUUGACAGCAAUGGUAUUGUGAUUCCUGAUCUUCUACGGAAUCUUGAAUUCGAUGACAUUGAAGACAAUGUGAAGCACAAGGAAGGGAGUGAAGGAUCCGACUCAACAGAGCCGACAAGUAGCCUAGCCGUUGAAGCCGAGGCCAACAAAUAUGAUGCAACAAUAUCUGAACAUAACAUUAACGAAGGAUGAUGGAGAUGCAGAAGAGUUUCUACUUUCAUGUUUGAAGUGCCUGGUGUGUUGCUGCUGGAUUUCUUUGUCGUAUUUGAGCUUACAGCCGAAACAAUGCUGUUGAGAGAGCAAUCUUGCAGCAGAAUGAGGGAGAAAUCAUGUCAGUACCAAGAUGUGGAUUGGUUCAUAUACAUGUGCAGUUUGUUUAUUGUGUUGAGAAAAAUUUGUGUAUUUUGUAAACAUAUAGUAUUCUUUUCGGAGGCUGAAUAUAUAGGGAGGGGUUCAACUU